AUUUAAUCUGUAGCACCUAGUUCCCCGGAAGCCUCCAGGCUGGACUGGAAGUGGGCAGCUCUCCAGAGACGAGGGAGUAACCCUGCACGGAAACCUCCGCUCACCUCAGGAGAAACCAAACUUGGAGAAAAUGUUUGCGGUACACUUGAUGGCGUUUUACUUCACCAAGCUGAAGGAGGAUCAGAUCAAGAAGGUGGACAGGUUCCUGUACCACAUGCGCCUCUCCGAUGAGACCCUUCUGGACAUCAUGGCUCGGUUCCAGGCAGAAAUGCAGAAGGGCCUGGGGAAGGACACCAACCCCACAGCGUCGGUGAAGAUGCUGCCCACCUUCGUCAGGGCCAUUCCAGACGGCUCGGAAAAUGGGGAAUUUCUCUCCCUGGAUCUUGGAGGAUCCAAGUUUCGAGUCUUGAAGGUGCAAGUCUCUGAAGAGGGGAAACGAAAUGUCCAGAUGGAGAGUCAGUUUUACCCAACACCCAAUGAAAUCAUCCGAGGGAAUGGCACAGAGCUGUUUGAAUACGUAGCUGACUGUCUGGCAGAUUUCAUGAAGACCAAAGAGCUGAUGCAGAAGAAAUUACCUCUUGGGUUAACCUUUUCCUUUCCCUGCAAACAGACUAAAUUAGAUGAGGGUAUCCUGCUUUCAUGGACAAAGAAGUUUAAGGCGAGGGGAGUUCAGGGCACAGACGUUGUGCGCUCUCUGACCAAUGCUAUGAAAAGACACCAGGACUUAGAUGUGGACAUCCUGGCUUUGGUCAAUGAUACCGUGGGGACCAUGAUGACGUGUGCCUAUGACGAUCCCUACUGUGAAGUUGGUGUCAUCAUUGGUACCGGCACCAACGCGUGCUACAUGGAGGACAUGAGCAACAUCGACCUGGUGGAGGGCGACGAGGGGAGGAUGUGCAUCAGCACCGAGUGGGGGGCCUUCGGGGACGACGGGGCCCUGGAGGACAUCCGCACUGAGUUCGACCGGGAGCUGGACCUCGGCUCCCUCAACCCCGGGAAGCAGCUGUUUGAAAAAAUGAUCAGCGGCCUAUACUUGGGUGAACUCGUCAGGCUCAUCUUGCUGAAGAUGGCCAAGACAGGCCUCCUGUUUGGCGGCGAGAAAUCCUCUGCUCUUCACAUUAAGGGCAAGAUUGAAACACGGCAUGUGGCUGCCAUGGAGAGGUACAAAGAAGGCCUAGCCAAUACGAGAGAGAUCCUGACAGAUCUGGGCCUGGAACCUUCGGAUGCAGAUUGCAUUGCGGUCCAGCACGUCUGCACCAUCGUCUCCUUCCGCUCAGCAAAUCUCUGCGCAGCCGCCCUGGCAGCCAUCCUGACACGCCUCCGGGAGAACAAGAAGCUGGUACGGCUCCGGACCACGGUGGGCAUGGACGGCACACUCUACAAGAUCCACCCCCAGUACCCGAAACGCCUGCACAAGGUGGUGAGGAAACUGGUCCCGAACUGUGACGUCCGCUUCCUGCUGUCCGAGAGCGGCAGCACCAAGGGCGCCGCCAUGGUGACCGCAGUAGCCUCCCGCGUGCAGGCCCAGCGGAAGCAGAUUGACAAGGUGCUGGCUCUGUUCCGGCUGACCCAAGAGCAACUGGUGGGCAUUCAGAACAAGAUGCGGGUUGAGUUCGAGUAUGGGCUGAAGAAGGAUACCCACCCACUGGCCACAGUCAAGAUGCUGCCCACCUACGUCUGUGGGAUGCCGGAUGGCACAGAGAAAGGAAAGUUCCUCGCCCUGGAUCUGGGGGGAACCAACUUCCGGGUCCUCCUGGUAAAGAUCAGAAGUGGACGACGGUCAGUGCGGAUGUACAACAAGAUCUUCGCCAUCCCCCUGGAGAUCAUGCAGGGCACGGGCGAGGAGCUGUUUGACCACAUCGUGCAGUGCAUCGCCGACUUCCUGGACUACAUGGGCCUCAAGGGAGCCCAGCUGCCUUUGGGCUUCACGUUCUCCUUUCCCUGCAGGCAGACGAGCAUUGACAAGGGAACGCUCAUUGAGUGGACCAAAGGCUUCAAAGCUACUGACUGUGAAGGGGAAGAUGUGGUGGAUAUGCUCAGGGAGGCCAUCAAGAGGAGAAAUGAAUUUGACCUGGACAUAGUUGCAGUUGUGAAUGACACAGUGGGGACCAUGAUGACCUGUGGCUAUGAAGAUCGUAAUUGUGAGGUUGGCCUGAUUGCAGGAACAGGCAGCAACAUGUGCUACAUGGAGGAAAUGAGAAACAUUGAACUGGUGGAAGGGGAUGAAGGGAAGAUGUGCAUUAAUACCGAGUGGGGAGGAUUUGGAGAUAAUGGCUGCCUAGAUGAUAUCCAGACCCAAUAUGACAAGGAGGUGGAUGAGGGGUCCUUGAAUCCUGGCAAACAGAGAUACGAGAAAAUGACCAGUGGGAUGUACCUGGGGGAGAUUGUGCGGCAGAUCCUGAUCGACUUGACCAAGCAGGGUCUCCUCUUCCGCGGCCAGAUUUCAGAACGUCUCCGGACCAGGGGCAUCUUUGAAACCAAGUUCUUGUCUCAGAUUGAAAGCGACCGGCUGGCCCUCCUCCAGGUCAGGAGGAUCCUGCAGCAGCUCGGCCUGGACAGCACGUGUGAGGAUAGCAUCGUGGUGAAGGAGGUGUGCGGUGCUGUGUCCCGGCGGGCGGCCCAGCUUUAUGGUGCUGGCCUGGCUGCCAUCGUGGAGAAGAGGAGGGAAGACCAGGGACUUGAGCACAUGAGGAUCACCGUGGGUGUGGACGGCACCCUGUACAAGCUGCACCCGCACUUUUCUCGGAUACUGCGGGAAACUGUGAAAGAACUAGCUCCUCAGUGUGAUGUGAUGUUCAUGCUGUCAGAAGAUGGGAGUGGAAAGGGAGCAGCUCUGAUCACUGCUGUGGCCAAGAGGCUACAGCAGGCACAAAGGGAGCACUAGGAAGCCCCUGGGGUUGGGCCUGGUGUUCUUUGGCUACUGACCAGCCUUUCCUCUGGCAGAUGUCAAGACCAACAUGCAAGCUUCUGGCUGGCUUCACCUUCUGGAUGGCCAAAAGAGAACCCCAGGUUCUUGGGUACUCUUAGGAUUUUGUUACUGGCUUUCAACGGCAUUAAAUGACUCUCUAUUUGCCAUCUUUGUACCAAAGAUGGGCCAACUUGUAAAACCAAAGCACUGGUCCCGAGAGAUUCCGUUUCAGCAAAUUUCUCAAUUCAGCUGUUAAUUUUCUGUGGCUUAGGGUCCUGUGACUGCUGGACUUGGAAGCAAACACACAAUCUGCCCAGGUGGCCUGGCUGGCUGACUUCCUUAUGGGAAUGCUUCAGUCAUGGCUUGUAGCAGAUUGGGCCAUCUACUGGGAAUGCACAUUUCAGAGGUAUAGAGGCUUAUGUAAUCACCUGGAGAUCUACUCUGACUUGUCAUGUUGACUUCAAGCAUGAAGUGAGAACAAAAACUUUGGAGUAUUCAGUCCCAGGAAGAAACGUUGAUUGCCAGGGAUCUCAGGAAACUCUUCACGCUUAAAGUGAGUUAUAUCAGCGCCCUGUAGGAUUUGUUUCUCAAUACAUGUGAGUGACAAGGAGGGUGCUGUUCGGGGCACCUGUUAGUCAUUUUACAGGUGGUUUGUGCCACUGCUAAUGAUAGCUUUAUAAAGGACUAUCAGGUAUAUGAAAUCCAGUAAAUAAAAAAAUAUUUGAUUUCCCAA